CCAAGUGAACCAACGUGACACAAAUGACAUAACACUCACUGUUGGCACAGCCGCUGUUCACUUUACGGAAGAUGGAUUAUGUCUUCCCUUUCACUCGGUGGUUUUGACGAAUGAAGUGACUCUGUCUCUGAAAUGGGCCAUUACUACUACACCUGUCCAUGUAUCGUCUGGUUCUUGUCUGAAGAAGACAAGAAUGCCAUCGACAUAAAUAAUGAAAUCAAACGAAUCCUUCAGGAGCAGAAGAAACAACAAAGAAAAGAAAUUAAGGUGCUUUUAUUAGGCUCCGGAGAAAGCGGAAAGACAACUUUUCUGAAGCAGAUGAGAAUCAUUCAUGGACAGGGCUUCUCAGAUGACGAGAGGCGUGUCUUCACCAAACUGGUGUACCAGAACAUCUUCCAGUCUAUGCAAGCAAUGACAGAAGCCAUGAGCGAGCUAAAGAUUUCUUACGCCAAUCCACAGAGCGAGGUUUAUGCAACGUGGUUCCAGGAUCAAGACCCACAUAAGAUAACAGAGUUGCAAAGAAGUUACGUAGAGGCUAUUCGUCAUCUAUGGGGAGACAAAGGUAUUAAGUGUUGCUACAGUCGGCGCAGAGAGUAUCAGCUACUAGACUCAACUAAAUACUUCCUUAGUAACUUGGACCGCAUCGCAGCUGAUAUCUAUGUCCCUACAACUCAAGAUAUUCUUCAGGUCCGAUUCCCCACUAGCGGCAUCACAGAUCAUAGCUUCAAUUUCGAGAAGAUGAUUCUCAGGAUUGUAGAUGUCGGUGGUCAGCGAGGACAGAGAAAAAAGUGGAUCCAUUGCUUUGAGAAUGUGACGUCACUCAUAUUUGUAGCCUCCCUCAGUGAAUAUGACCAGUGUCUGGAGGAGAAUAACAAGGAUAACCGCAUGCAGGAGAGUUUAUCUUUGUUCUACACGACCAUACACUCAAAGUGGUUUGCUUAUUCCUCCGUCAUCCUUUUUUUGAACAAAAUUGACAUCCUAGAAGAGAAGAUUCAGUUUUCAAAUCUGAAGUCAUACUUUCCGGAAUUUAAAGGAAAACAUCGGAAUAGUCACGACGCCAUUCAGUUCAUCAAAGAAUUAUAUACCCACAACACGUAUUCCUCUGAGACAAAGAGCUCCAAAAAUGUCUACUUCCACUGUACCUGCGCCACGGACACAAGUAACAUCCGGAGCGUCUUCUCUGACGUGAAAGACAUUCUCCUCCUCCAGGCCUUACAGGACUUUGAGAUGGCAUAGUGAGGCACAUUUACGCUACUUGGAAUUACACUGCAUUGAUUUUAAUGCCAAUCCACUGUGCAUUUAAAAACACUUUAUUUAAUAUGAACCAAAAUGCUGGGUUAGUUAGCUUGAUAAAUUAUCUAUAUUUAUGUGCUAAACUUAGUUUAUUGAGAUUUGUAAUGAACUUCAUUGAUAACAGUUUUGGUGGUUUGUUCUGAGGCUUAAGCAUCAAUUCAAUUAAUUUAAUACGAAAACAAAAUUCACAUUUAAAUUUAAUAUCUCAAAUUAAAGAAAUAGUUCUACCAAAAAUGUUAAAUUAUGAGUAUUUACUCACCCUGAUGUGGAUUCAACCCUUUAGAGGAGAGCGGGACAUAAAGUAACACUUUUUGGUUUUGGCCAAAUAAUGAACGAAGUAAUGGGGUUAGACAAACCAUAUUAUUACUACCAACAACACACAAGCCUCUCCUACAAAUGAGCACUAGUUGUAUGAUUGCCGGACAUAUGGUUUCUGUGCAGUAUUGGCUAAAGUGCCAGGAGUAAAAAUGUUACUAUUUACCCCACCUGUGGGGCAAGUUCUAACAGAUAGAGGGGUAGUUGUAACAUGUUUAAAAAGUCAAAUUUCACACAAUUAAUUUAAAUUCAGUUAACUUUAAAUAGUAUAUUUCCUCCGUACUUAUAGUUAAAUUUUUUUUAUUCUACAUAGCACAGCAUGUUUAUUUAUUUAUCUGUUGGACAAACACAUUUGGAUUUAUUUGCAUUAUUAUACAAUGCAUUAAUUUGGAUUAUCAUUCAUUCAUUUUCUUUUCGGCUUACUCCCUUUAUUAAUCAGGGGUUUCCACAGCGGAAUGAUCCGCCAAUUUAUCCAGCAUAUGUUUCACACAGCGGAUGCCCUUCCAGCUGCAACCCAUCACUGGGAAACAUCCAUACACACUCAUUCACACAUAUACACUGCGGACAAUUUAGCUUACCCAAUUCAUCCAUACCACAUGUCUUUGGACUUGUGGGGGAAACCAAAGCACCCAGAGGAAAUUUGCCAUGGGGAGAACAUGCAAGCUCCACACAGAAAUGCCAAGCCAGCCAAGGCUCAAACCAGCAGCCUUCUUGCUUUGAGGCGAUCGUGAUCCACUGCGCCACCGUGACACUCUUUAUUGUUAUUGUCAGUAAUAAAAUUUAAUUUUUUUCCUAUAAAAAUAUAUAUUCUAUUAAAAACAGUUUUUAUAUGAAAAGUUGUCGACAUUACACUCAAAAUUAAAAAAUUAUUUUGUUUGUGUAGUUGGUGUCCAACAAUGUGUGACAUAUGUAACACCCAGUUACAACUAUAUCCACAGUGUCAUGUUUUCCUCAAAACUGGCUAGCAGUCACUGUUUUUUAUAUCUUUCAAAAUGGUUCCAUCUUUUAGCCUAGAAGACGGUAAUCACAACAAUGUAAGAUUUUACAUAAUACUUUCACA